CCGCUCUCCGCCAUCAAAUCCACGUCGUUAUCUUUGAGUUGUUCGACACUGCCGUGGCUCCACCGCUCGAUGCGCGAAUGGGCCUAUUCAUUUCUUUAUUCGUUACCUGAAGUAGUAUAUCUCUCCAAUUGUAGUCAACCAGCGGGCGCGGCCGGCGGCAAUCUAUGGCACCACCCGCACUCCGCCCUCUGUCUGCUACCUUGGCUUCAAGCUCUACAACAUCGGUUGGGCUGCGGGAGUGGCUGGGCCGGUGCUGACUGCCGCGGACGGUGACAAGCACUCUCGGAAGAGCUCCAACAUCCGUUGCAGAGCCUCGUCGCUGUUCUGAUGGUGCACAACGACACGCGGCCCAUCGAGCUUCACUCCCUUCUUACGCCCAAGUCGCUCCCAUGUGGCGGCGUUGUAGCCUGCUCGCUUGAUAUCCAACCAUACAAUAUUCGUCUCAACCGGCCGUGUCAAUCGGCCUCCAUAUCGCUGCCACGCUUCACCCAGCAUGCGCGCCCACCGAUGCGAGAGCCGUAACUGAUGUGCCUUGCUGCCGCGGCCAUCCCAGCCAAAGUUGGCUUCCACGGCCGCACGUGAGACGGAAGAGAUCAUCCCUGUCAUACGCACGCCGCCUCCGAGGACCUUGCGGACGUGACGGGCGCGGCGGAUCAAGGUGGACGACCCCAGCAGCAUCGUGCCUAUGGGCGCACCAAGAUUUUUAGCAAAGUCCAGGUAGACUGUGUCGAAUAGGGAACAAUAGUCACGCAGACUGCCAGCGUUCGCGGCAACAGCCUCGAAAAGCCUAGCACCGUCCAGGUGUAGGCGGAUACCGCGCCUGCGUGCCCAUUCAGCAAUGCGCCGGAACUCGCUGACCGGCGUGAUGGCGCCGUGCGCCGUGCACUCCAGCGAAAUGACCUUGGUCGGCGCCUUUUGUAUGUCGUCCGACAAGAUGGCUUUGCAUUGGAUAUCCUCCAACGUGAGGUAGCGGUUGUUUGAGGGCUUCACAACCUGCACCGACGCUCCUGUCAGGAAUGAGGUGCCGCCACCUUCAAAAUGCACAAUGUGCGCACGGCUGUCAGUCAACAACGAGUAUGGGGGCUGUUGAAAGAGCACCAGCAUCGCAAUCUGGUUGGCCAUGGUGCCGGACACCGCGAUGCACCCGUCUUCGUGACCAGCCAUCGCUGCCAUGUCGGCCUCGAACUGUUUGGUAGUGCUGUCCUCCCGGAAGACAUCGUCGUCCAUUGUCGCCUGACUUAAGGCCUGCAACAUUUCUACCGUAGGAGUCGUGUGCGAGUCCGCUGUCAGGGUCAGUAAGUGCCAUGUCUUCAACGACAAUGCUUUCGGGGAUCACUACUUCGAAAAUCGAACUGAGCCUGUCCACACUUCCCCCAGGUUGGAUGCUCCUCCUUGUCAGCCAUCGCGGCCAGAACGCAAUCUAGAGUCCAGCUGGCGUAUGCCAAUUUUGGCCGAGGUGACCGCUGUAUUGUGAGAAACAAGCCCCGUCAUGGGCUGUUGUGAGGCCAGCUUGGGUGAGACUUUGAACUGACCCAGACGACAGUGAGGAAGGCGGGAGCCCGCUCUGCCGCCGUCUCGUAAACACCUGCAGUCUUGUAUUCGCGGAGUGCGUAUUGGUUGGCAUGUCUUCAAGUAUCAACGCUGGUGGACGGUGGUGGCACCACCAACGUGGCUCGCUGACUGGGCCCACAUUUGUCACAUCUUGUACCGAGUCUGGAGCCGCCUCACCCCCAACACGCUCCAACCUCAAUGAGAGUGAGUUGAACCCGUCUCGGGAGGAAUUGUAAGUACUCGCACUAUGGCUUUGUCGCGGCGGGCACCUCCGUCUCCAUUGUCGAGGGUUGUUGUGCUGUCUUCAGCCUCGUCCUCCGUUUCCCAGCCCAGCAUAGAACAGAUGACCUGAUAGCGCCAUGGCUUUGGUCGAUGAACACUUGCCUCUGUUCCAACAGGACUUUGGCAAGCGUGGUCGACUCGACGAUGUGAUCAAACACACCGCUCUCAUUGUCGAGACCGAGAUUGACGAAAGCAUCAUCGAUAGUGGCUCAGAUACACCCAACGUCGGGCAACUUUCGGCAGAGUCGCGGUCUCAUUCGAGCUCACCAUCGACCAGUUAUUCCAAACCUUCGGUUCAAUUGCUGAAGUACGGUCCGACAUGUUUGCAGCUCCGUGUCGAGGAACACCUGGCGCAAUAUGCCUGUGCCCUUUGGGAAGAAUCUAUGCGCACGCACCAAGAGCAACUGCCUGAUGGCUGGCCGGUUCUCAGCACCAACGCCAGCACCGAUGAGCUUCUGACCAGGUUUCUGGAUUAUGUUGGCCGCCUCGUCGAAGGGAGAGCGUCUCAAAACAAGGCCGGCGCUACUUUCAGCAUCCUGAGCUCCGUAUUUGACGCUUUUCUAUGUGCCAUUGGCGAAGAUGAUAUCCAUUCCUUUGUUCUCCACCACUCGGAGCUCCCAGAGGGCUGCUUCAAUGCCACGAUACUCUCCUUCUACAGAGCCUCUGAACUCCUCGGCAGGCCAACGAGCUCGCCCACACCUUCACUUUUGCGCGCCUCCCGGACAAAUGUCGCCCAUGUUUAUGCUGUUUUCGGUGGACAGGGCACGAGCGGGCCCUUACUGGAACUACAACAACUGUAUUCCGUCUAUCGCCCGUUGCUCGGUAAUUUCCUCUCUAGGGUAUCAAACUACCUGUCGGUAUUGACUUCCGGCCAUCACUUCUGCAACAACUACCCCAACGGCCUUGACAUAAUUCGUUGGAUCCGGGAUGCAGACAGCCAUCCAGAUUUGGAAUACACUCGCUCCCCUCCGGUGAGCUGUCCGCUUAUUGGAUUGCUUCAACUGGCAAAUUACCGCAUCGCUGCCUAUAUUUUAGGCUUCACAGAGAUGAAAACGAUAUUCAGAGGCCUGGCCGGCCACUCCCAGGGCGUGAUCACGGCGGCGGUGGUCUCUCAAGCCAGCAGUUGGGAAUCCUUCGAAGAAUUGGCCUUGGACGCGAUGAGAAUUCUCGUGAGCAUCGGGUGCAAAAGCCAGGGAUCCCGCCCACAAGCCUAUCUACCUCCAGAAGUGCGGAAGUAUGCAGAGGAGCACGGUGAAGGCACCCCGAGUUUUCUGCUCGGUGCCAGGGGAACAAAUCUAGCCGCCAUAGAAUCAAUGGUGGCUGAGGCCAACGCUUCAUUACCUGUUGGCGAGAGAGUGGAGAUCGCCCUGGUGAAUGGCCCCAGGCAUUUCGUAAUCGGAGGACCGCCGUCAUCACUGCAGGGCUUGGUCAGAUUCAUUCGUUCCACAACCCCGGCUGACAGCGAUGAAUCUCGAAUCCCGUUCAGCCAGCGACAUAGGAGGGUCAAAUUGGGGUACUUGCCUGUAUCAGCACCAUUCCAUACGACGUACCUUCAAUCAGCAGCGAUGCGAUGCACAAGCCUCGACCUGGAUGACUUGGAGUGGAAGCCCGGCAGCCUCACAAUACCCGUGUACGAUACAUCGACCGGGGAAGAUUUACGACAUUCCAGCGCUACAAACCUGAUUCCGCGUCUGGUCGAGCUGGUUAUGGCCGAGCGACUUGAUUGGCCCGCUUCAACGCCAUUCCUCGAUGCAACGCACGUUAUCGACUUCGGUCCCGGCAAAUCCACAGAGGGCGCUGGAGCCCUCUCGGAGAGGAUCACAGUUGGCCGGGGCGUCAGAACUAUUAUCUUUGAGUCUCUCAAUGCACAGGAUGUGUCCGACCUUGGCGGAAGGGUCGAACUGUUCACUUGCUGUGAGCUGCCUAAAGGGAGAAACUGGAAAGAAGAGUACAGUCCAAGACUGAUCCGGGAUGAAAGCGGACGCAAGCUAGUCCAGACAAAGCUCAGCACGCUUCUUAAGGCGCCGCCCAUCAUGGUAGCUGGCAUGACUCCAACCACGUGCGCCCCGGAUCUGGUCCUUGCCACGAUCAGUGCCGGAUACCACAUCGAGCUUGCUUGCGGCGGCUUCCACAAGCCCGAGAUGAUGGAAAACACAAUCCGUAAUAUUGUCGCGAGGCUACCGGUUGGCAAGGGCAUCACAUGCAACGUCAUUUAUGCUGCCCCUCGUUCACUCAAAUGGCAAAUCAACUUGAUCAGAGAGCUCCGGGGUAAACGUCUGCCUAUCCACGGACUAACAAUAGGUGCCGGCGUGCCUUCUUUGGAAGUGGCAAAUACAUACAUCAACGAACUCGGGCUCUCCCAUAUAUCUUUCAAACCCGGAUCCGUCUCGGCAAUCAAUCAGGUCCUCGAGAUUGCGAGAUCACAGCCGAACUUUCCUGUUAUCCUACAGUGGACCGGCGGUCGAGCCGGCGGCCACCAUUCUUUUGAGGAUUUUCACCAUCCGAUGCUUGAGUGUUAUGCAAAGAUUCGGCGAUGUCCAAACGUCAUCUUGGUCGCCGGUAGUGGCUUCGGAGAUGCCCAGUCAUCGUAUCCCUACCUGUCUGGCCAAUGGUCGCUUAAGUAUGGGGCUGCUCCUAUGCCAUUUGAUGGUAUCCUCCUAGGCAGUCGAGUCAUGGUUGCAAAGGAGGCCAGGACCAGCGCCGAGGCGAAGGCCUUGAUCACGGAUAUCCCCGGCGUAAGUGACCGCGACUGGGAAGGCACGUACGCCGGAUGUGCAGGUGGUGUGAUGACGGUUACCUCGGAGAUGGGAGAGCCCAUUCACAAGAUCGCAACAAGAGGCGUCCAGCUUUGGGCGGAACUCGACAAGACCAUUUUCAGCAUCCCUGACAAGAAGAAACGACUUCAAACUCUACUUCGAAAACGCCACUAUGUGAUCUCAAGGCUGAACGCCGACUUUCAGAAGGUGUGGUUUGCACGAACGGAUGGAAACGACGCCGCCGAGCUGGCGGAUAUGACCUACACUCAGGUAGUGUCCAGACUCUUGGAACUGACAUAUCUUGCCAGCUCACAACGAUGGAUUGAUCCGUCAUACAAGACAUUGAUGCAAGAUUGGCUGACCCACCUUGACCGCUGCUUUGCAUCAUCUCCAGUUAGCUCGCCUCUCUCCCGAGAAUGCGAACAGCAUGAGACUUUAAUCGAUCUCAAGCGCACUGUUUCUACAGUAUAUCCUCAGGCAGAUGAGCAGCUCCUCAGCUUCCCGGACCAGGCGACCUUCACCUCCUUUUGUAGGAGGUCCUACAUCAAACCAGUACCAUUCAUCAUUGCUCUCGACGAGCACUUUGAGUACUACUUCAAGAAGGACUCCCUUUGGCAGUCGGAAGAUGUGGAGGCUGUCGUCGACCGCGACGUUGGAAGGACCUGUAUCUUGCAAGGGCCUGUGGCUGCACGAUAUCCAUCUCGAACCGAUCAGGGCAUUAAGGAGCUUCUCGAUGAAAUACAUGAGGAGUGGAGUUCUCUGCUUGCUGGAGCGGUUCAGUCCAUCUCCCACUCUCUGGACGAAGUCACAGAUCCUGCAAUUACAUUUCCCAACCCAAGCUUGUUGGAGGACCAGAUAGAGCUCCUUUCUUGCGAUGACGACGGCUUUCUAAGCGAAGGCGGCGAUGAUCUAUGGUACACCAGGCUUGCCGGACAUGCCUCGUGGGCCCGGGUCGCUCUCCAGACUCUCAAUGUUGUCCGGGAGAGACAACUAUGCCAUAAUCCGAUUCGAAGCGUCUUCCGGCCAACUCCAGGUGUGACCGCUGAGAUUCAUUCGGGCAGUAUCGAACGCAUAUCGCUAUACCGGGGGUCCUCGGUUAAUCUCCAAGAGAAGCUAGCGGAGCUUCAGCUGGUUGACAGGCAGUUGAUCGCGAUGCGUCUAGAAGCUCCCAUUACAGCGGACGGCAAUGACGCUUCUCUGGUCCAGCAAUUCCGAACUUCCAAAGAUCUCCUCACGCCUCUUCAAGACAUUACAUCACACCCGGUAGAGCAGGUACAAGAAUUUUAUCGGCGAAUCUGGUUCGGCUCGGGCGAGGCUCAUAAAACGGCCACCACCAGUCUCAGAGACACCCGCUUUGAGGAGAAAUACUACGUGACUGAGGAGCAUGUCAGAGCCUUUGUCAAGGCCACUGCAGAUCAGAAUAUCACUUCUGGUGUCGGCAGGGUACCUCUUGACUUUGCCGUCGUCGUGGCCUGGAAAGCCCUGAUGAAGCCGCUAUUCUCGGUGGACGCCGAUUUGCUGAACUUGGUGCACCUCGGCAAUGAGUUCCGUCUAGAGGAUGGCGCGAAAGGCCUCCGGGAAGGCGAUGUUCUCGUCACCAACUCUCGCGUCACUCGGUUUGUGCAGCAAGACGCAGGGGCCUUGGUAGAGGUUCAUGCAGAAAUACGACGUGAGGAUGUCCCAAUCAUUCGAAUCAUCAGCCAGUUCUUAUACCGUGGAUACAAGGUGGCACCCCAGCAUUCCUUCGACGAAACUGAGAAUCUAGCGAUGCGGGUUAGUCUGCCCGGGUCUAAGGAUCUGGCAGUCCUAUCAUCAAGACCUUGGUUUCAUCUGACUGAGCCUUCCGCUAAUCUUCUGGGGGCGGAUCUCAUGGUCCGUUCCAGUUCUCUUCGAACCUUCUCCGACGAUGGGAAAACGUGCCUGACGACUACCAAGGGCAGUGUAAGCCGCAAGGGGCAGCACGGAGUCUGGAAACACUGUGCGGACGUUAUGUGGACCUCACCAUCCCCGGAAUGCAUUGUGCAGUCAUACCUGGCACGCUACGGUCAGCCAACCACGGAGCGGAAAUACUUUGAAGCCCCUCUAAUCAUCUCAUCUGAGGGCAUUACCUGCUUUGCUCCCGCAGACAAUGCGGAUUACGCUCGAGCAUCUGGAGAUCUGAAUCCCAUCCACUUGUCCCCCGCCAUCGCCUCGUAUGCUCUUCUUCCCGGAACCAUCACCCACGGCAUGAAUACAAGUGCUCGAGUUAGAGCUGCGAUUGAGAAUCGGAUCUGCAGGAAUGACAAGGACCAGUUCCGUUCCUUCCGCGUGAAAUUUGUCAACAUGGUUUUGCCAGGCGACGAGCUCCAUGUCACCAUUCGACAUGUGGGCAUGGUACGAGGUCGGAGGAUCUUUGAGUUUCAGGCCAGAAACUUGCGCACUUCUCUUAUUGCCGUCGAGGGAGAGGCCGAGAUAGAGAACCCUCGUACUGCCAUUCUCUUCACUGGGCAAGGAAGUCAGCAAGUCGGUAUGGGUCUGGAACUGCGAGACAAGAGUGAUGUUGCGCGCCGAUUAUGGGAUCGGGCCGAUGUUCAUUUCCUCGAGACCUAUGGGUUCCGCAUUUCGGACAUCGUGAAGCACAACCCUACGAGACUAGAGGUCCAUUUUGGUGGUGCCAAAGGCCGCCGCGUUAGGGACAAUUACCGAUCACUCAAAUAUAACAACCCCGGUACGGGCGAAGCGCCCAUAUUUGGAUCCAUCAACGAGACGACGCCUUCACACGUCUUUCAUGCCGAAGGCGGAUUGCUCCACGCAACACAAUUCACGCAACCCGCGUUGACUUUGAUGGAGCUUUCGGCAUAUGAGGAUUUGGAAGCCAAAGGCAUCCUGCCACUUCACACGACAUUCUGCGGCCACUCGCUCGGGGAGUAUGCCGCCAUCUCUUCUAUCGGCAAGCUUCUGACACUGGAGAACCUUAUGUCAGUGGUCUUCUACCGUGGACUCGUCAUGCAAUUGGCUGUGGAAAGGGACCAGCUUGGCCGCUCCCCUUACGGCAUGUGUGCGGUGAACCCGAGCCGGCUAUCUAUGCCACUUACAGAAGCAGAUCUCAAGAACGUGGUACGCGUCAUCAGUGCAGAAACAGGCAAGCUCCUCGAGAUUGUGAACUACAAUGUCAAGGGCUCGCAAUACGUGUGUGCAGGAGAGAACCUGGCGCUUAGUUGUCUGCGCACAACUCUUGACACCCUCCAUGCCCAGAAAGGCCGAGGUACAACAGGCGUCAGCGAUGACCGUGCUAUCGCGAUAAUGGUCAGAGGUGUCGUACGGACAAUGGGGACCGACUCCUGCUCCGAGAUUCAGACCAGAGGAGCCGCGACUAUCCCACUUUCAGGCAUAGACGUGCCGUUCCACUCAAGCUUCCUGAAACCUGGAGUCGACGCCUUCCGAGAGUACCUGUACAGCAAGCUUCGGUCGGAGGAUAUGGUGCCAGAACGCAUGGUGGGCCGCUAUGUCCCCAACCUCACCGCACGACCCUUCAGCUUGGACGCGGAGUAUAUUGCAAGGGUUCUAAGUUUGACCAAAUCGCCUGUCCUCGAAAAGCUGCUGAAAGAGGAAGACCUCCUCCGAGGAUGAUCAAAGGCAUUGUGGAAGCGAUUGCACCGGGACAUGCAAGGUUUCGAGGCGUACCUGGGUAAUAUAGCACACGUCUGGUUUUUGUCCAAGUGCAAUGCCGAUUGCAUUGAUCAGAUACACGGCAUUCGGCUGUAGCUUCGCAGGGUAGCCAAUCAUAUUCCGCUUUCUCAAUCG